AUGGCGAAACCGGCUCCAGUGCAGGACUUGCACAUGUGCUGGGUGAAGGAUAGAUCCAUCUGUGCACGUGUGGAUCAGGGAGGGCGCUUGUUUCAAAGCAGGGAUGGGCUCUUUGCAGAAGCUUCUGAACUUCAUUGUGUGGAGAAUCGGGCCUUGCUAGAGCCCUACAUGAUUCGGAUGCGCAGGGCUAGGUCCUUGGAUAUCCCAGACUUGGAGUCCUUGAAGUCAGAGCUCACCCUUUUGCACCAAGCUCGCAUCAAUCAGAAGCAAAGGGGUGGGAAAAAGCCAAAGGCAUCGUUGGAGGCCAGUUUGGAAUUGGUACAAGGCAAUGUUCACCUUGAUGGCAAGACCCUGAAGCGCCUGCUAUCCUAUGCUCGCUACCGCUUUCUUAAGACCACUUCUUUCAGCAGAAUCAAAGUAUCGAUGCAUCCAUGGGGUGUUGGCUUGGGUUUUGUAGUGUUUGCUUGUGCUCAGAACUGGGACUUCGCAGACUUGCUCAGAUGUUGGGGUGAGAAGGACAACUAUGUCACCAGCGGUAAGAAGAGCCGUUGGACUCUUGAUGAGGAAGAUGAAGCUGCAGGUGUGCAUGAUGCUUUACAGGAGAAUGAUGAAGGGGAGGAGGAAGAGGAAUUGGAGGAGGACGAAGAAAUUCCUUUGGAGGAUGAGCCAGUGAAUCCCCCCAGCAAGGCAGUGAAUCCGGUCAGCAAGGCAGUGAAUCCCCCCACCAAGGCAGUGGAUCUCCCCAGCAAGGCAGUGAAUCCCCCCAGCAUGGCAGUGGAUUUCCCCAGCAAGGCAGUGGAUCCCCCCAGCAAGGCCAAUCGCUUGCCUAUGCAUGCUGACAGCCAGAAAUCUUUCAGUAGUUUGGCAAGCAAAGCUUCUUUGGCUUCCACUGUGAUAGAGACACCGGAGCGGGUACUGGACCCCAUCCUCCCAAAAGAUGGGAAGCUGACCCCCUCACCUGUUGCCAUGACUGUGAAGGAAGUGCUUCUUGUGGUCGAUUCACCAAUGAAGGUGGUUAAGCAGGAGCCGCGAACGGAUAAGGAGUACGCCAACGGCCGGGCAGGUGCUGAGCCUUUUGAUCGCGAGCUUGCACUCAAGGAGCUGGCGAUGCUUGAAGCGAAGAUGUUUCGACGACCACCAUUCGAGAUGACCGAUAAUGUGGAGACACAGGUGGCAACGGAGAGCCAGCUCAUGGAUGCAGCUGCACAGCUUGCACUGGCCAUCACCCCUGAAAGGCUGCCAGGUGUUACUGAUGGCCGGGACGCCCUCCAGGAGGAGACUGGGCUUCGUGUCGAGGCUGUGUCUGGGGAGCGCGAAGCUAUGGCUGUUGAAGCUGUUUCUGGGGAGUCUGGACAUGGACCUGCUGUGCCUGCCGCUGUGGCUGUUGCUCACCAGGUGGUGAGUGCUGUGUCUCGGGAAGAACAAUUGUGUGCUCGGGAGAAGAGAAAGGCGGAGGCAGCUGAAAAGAAAGCUAAGCAAGCAGAAGAGAGGGAGACGAAAAAGCUUCGGACAGCUGCUAAGAGCAAACCCAGCAAAGCAGCUGAAGCCCUAGCAGCAGCCACUGAGCCUGAGGAGAGUAGUGCACGUGGGAAUGAUGAGCAGGCUGCUGGGAACCAGGAAUCAUGUGCAAAAACAGAACGUGGCCGUGGGCGCGGCAGGGGUGGCCGAGGUAGAGGGCGGCGACCUGCAGAUGAAGCUGAAGCCGCAGCCGAGAGUAGUGCACAUGAGAAUGAUGAGAAGGCUGCUGAGCCCAAGGAGGGGAACAAGGAAUCAUGUGCAAAAACAGGACGUGGCCGUGGACGUGGCAGGGGUGGCCGAGGUACACGUGGUCAGGGCAAUGGACGUGGAAGGGGAGGCAAGAAGAGUAAGGCAACACAGGAUGAAAACAAGGCCCCACCCAGCAAAAGGCUCCGGGGCAAGCAAGGUGCCAGCGAGGCACCCACGGAAGAGCCCAAGACCAUCAAGAGGAGGAAGAAGAAUGAUCUCGUCAAGAUUUUGGAGGAAGGGAAAGCCAGAGCAGCGAGCAAAAGGGCAGCAAGGGAGCAGGGCAUCUCCCCUGAAGAGGAAGCAAAGUUUAUGGAUGAACACGGUGGCGAGGAUGACAACCAAAGAACGGCCCAGUUCAUUUAUGCGAAGAAGCAGGAGAUCAAGGAUUUGGCAACGAAGUGGGAGCUUCCGAAGCUGUCCAAACGUGGCAAAGUCACGUCUUGA